UGUUUAGUAUAUAUUUACCGGUUUCAAAGCAGUAGGAAAGUUAGUGUUGUAAUUUGACGAAACAAUGCUGAAGUUCGCUAUUUUAUGUCUUGUCUUUGCUGUCUCGCAGGCUUUGCCAGGCAACUUCUACCAAUAUCAACAUAGGAGUUUUCCGAAUCCAGUAUUCCAAAAACAAAAAGAAUGGUAUGUGCCUACUGCGCCUUCGAUAGACGAAACCUACCAGUUUCAUGCACUCAUAGUCGUGAACAAUGGUGGUUUCUGCGGAGGAAUCUUGGUUGACUCUAAUAAAGUCCUUACUUCAGCACAAUGCGUCAUAGGAGGCACAAAUUUUGAGAUUCAUCUCAACCGACGCGAUCUAUACAAUUUAGAUCCAACUUUAAACGCCAAUGAAGUUUUGGUUUCCUCGUCAAACAGUAUCGUUCACCCUGAAUUUUCUUCCAACCACUUACAAGCGAUCAAUGAUUUGGCGCUGUUGAUCCUUGACAGUCCAGUUGGCAUUACUCCAGUUAAAGUGGGUGGUCAAAUAUUUUCGGACCCACUACUUACAUACAUCGACGUACCUCUUGUCGGAUUUGGGCUAACCACUGACCCUAAUCGACAACAGAGAUCAAUGCAGGGAUAUCUGCAAUGGUACUCAACGCACUCCAAGCCGAUAUCUGAAUGCAUUGGUUAUAACCCAGGCGUUGACAAUACUGGCAAGCACGUGUGCGCAGAGGCAACUGGACCAAGCGCUUGUUUUGGGGAUCCUGGUUCACCUCUGCUUCAGUAUGCAUCAGGUGGCAUAGAAGUAAUUGGAAUUGCAAGCUUUGGCUCUAGUACGCCCUGCGAUAACUACGGCCAAACUGUUUUUACUUACGUUCGCGCUUACCAUGACUGGUUAGCGCAGAAUGGCGUUCCAAUUGCGCAGUGAUAAUUUUUGUUUAACCGAAUAUAAAAUAUUUCUAUUGCGCCCUAAAAAUCAGUAGUGAAACAGAAAUUUAGGGUUUCUGCUCCUAUAAGAAUUUGACGAAAAUAAAGGCAAAACUUUAUAUACCUUA